AUGGCUCAUGAAAACGAAGCAUUAUUGAGAGUUGAGAAUGUGAAAUCUCCAAUUGGACAAUUAAUUCUGUUUGAUGAUCAUAUCGAAUGGAGAGACAACGCCAGUCCAGAAGUAUUCACAUGCAAUUUUGAUCGUAUCGUUGGUCAGCGUGUGUCACCACCACACAGAGCAAGGGCCCAAUUGGAAUUGGUUUUGAGAAACGACGACGAGCAGGUCACAUUUGUAUUCUUCGACCCCCGUGCAUCACAGGAAGAGCUUGCUCAGCAGCGAGAUAAUGUCAAACAACAACUUCAAACUGCUUUAUUUCAACAUUUUCAACUUGUGCACAAUCAGUAG